UGACAUGAUUAAUAAAAGAAAGAAAGAUAAGAAAAACCUGAAGAAAGAAACGGUGGUAGAAAGCAGUAUUGCACGUGGGUGGUGACACAUUGACAACACAGAAAAUAGAACCGCACCAUUCCUCUUCUUUGUCUUUACUCAUUCUUUGCCGACCCUUCCCAUACCCCCACUUGCCUUACCUUGCCACCCUUAACCAAGCAAGCAAAGAACAAUCACAAUCAACCUUUGCAACAGGUUUUGUAUAUACUACUAACUUAAACCUUAAUUAAACCCUAGCUAACUAGCUCCUUUAUUAUUAUAUUAUUAUUAUUAUUAUUAUUUGUGUGUUGAGGAGGAAAAAAUAUAGGAAGAUGGAGAUUGUUGUUUCAAAGGAAGCUCAGAUGUCUAUUGCUGCUUCAUCUAUGUUUCCUGGUUUUAGAUUCUGUCCUACUGAUGAAGAGUUGAUUUCUUAUUACCUUAGAAAAAAAUUAGAUGGUCAUGAAGAAAGUGUUCAAGUUAUUUCUGAGGUUGAGCUUUGUAAAUAUGAACCUUGGGAUUUACCAGCCAAAUCAUUCAUUCAAUCAGAUAACGAGUGGUUCUUCUUCUCUCCUCGUGGAAGAAAGUAUCCAAAUGGUUCACAAAGUAAAAGAGCUACCGAUUGUGGCUAUUGGAAAGCCACUGGAAAAGAGCGCAACGUGAAAUCGGGUUCUAACGUCAUAGGUACGAAGCGAACUUUGGUGUUUCACUUAGGCCGUGCCCCUAAAGGAGAAAGGACAGAAUGGAUUAUGCACGAGUACUGUGUCAGUGACAGGUCUCCGGAUUCUUUGGUUGUUUGUCGUCUCAAGAGGAACACGGAGUUUCGUGUUAACGAUGCUUCAAAUAGAGCUUCUUCAAGUCAAAUAAAUCCUGUACAUUCACAUGAAAGUGAUUGUGCUGGUCAAAUAAACCCAGUAAAUUCACAUGAAAGUAAUUGUGCUAUCUCAGAAGGCGGUACUGAUCAUAGAGAAAGGGGUAUCUGUGAACAAGAAAAGGAGGUUGAUGGUAGUUCGAAACGGGGAAGCAGCAGUUAUGGUUCAGCUUCAAUGGAACAAAUUGAUUCUAUGUCUGAAUCAAAUCAGCGACCAGCUAAUGACGGUUUUUUGACAGACUCUUCGGGCCAGCUAAAGAUGGAUGAAGAGGAUUGUUAUGCUGAGAUAUUAAGGAAUGAUAUCAUAAAAUUAGAUGAAUCAUCAAUGUCUCAAGGAGCUCAAACAAGACCAAAUAACCUUGCACAUUCUCAUCCAUGCCAAGGCACUGCACAACGGAGAAUACGAUUAAGGGUUCCGAAAUCAACGCAUUCUCAACCAGGAGCUCGUUUCUCAAAAACAAUGCACCAGUCCAAGAGUAGCUUCAUUGCCAGAAUGACGAACCGUUUGAUGAUAUUUGCUUUCUUCGUUUUCACUCUCACGGCUAUAUUAUUUUGGUCUUCAUUGGGUGGUCACAAACAAGUUAGAAAUAUUGUAGGAAAAUUUCAGGUGUAAAUUGUGAUUAGUACUAUCCAAGUUUCUAAAUUCCAUUGCUGUUGUACCGCGCAGCGGCCAUAGGGAAUCUAAAUUCACUAAACUGGGUUUAAGAGGACUGAUAAAUUUUUAGAACAAUUUCCUCUACUUCACCUUUAUGAUAUGGCUCUGGAAGUGUAUUUUUGGAUAA